AAAAAAAGUAGGCCUAACGUUAGGCUUAUCGUUCUACGGGGGGCUUCCCUCUUUGAUUCGCUUACUUCACCGCCGACUCCCGAAGGAAAAAGAAACAACAACACAAAAAAAGAUAAAACGAGAUCUCUCCUUCUGGACCUGCCGUGUCGUUUUCCUGCUUGCAUGCCUUGUUGUGCCAUAGUUUCCGUCGUCCUGGAUUUCCUAACGCAUGCUGUCACCUUCACUCAGGUCCUGGAAAAGAAGUUGGAAAGGUUAAAGGUGAAAACGAACUCGACAAACAGCAACCACACCUCCGCGCACAACACCACCGGCAUCGGUGAACUCGCUAUGCCCCGCGUCCUGCUAGAGGACAGUGUGCGGACGCAGUACGCUCCGACAGUGAAGAUCCUCAAGCGGCCGCCGGACGGCAACCGAGCCGGCGGGAGCCCGAACGGCGCAGGCGGCGCCGAGAAAUCGCCCAGCCGACAGCCCGUGAAAACGCUGCAGCAACGCGAAGCUGAGUACGCCGAGGCCAGACUUCGGAUUCUGGGUUCGGCGCGAAGCGAGGACGACGCCCAGAAGGAGAAGAGUGGCAGCACGAGCGUCGUGAACCAGGUGGCGGGUGUGCCGCCGCCACCGACGGACCACGUGGUGCGGCAACCACAGGGGCCCGACCAGGGCUCCAACGGCUUCCAGCAGCCGCGGAGGUAGCGCCCGCCGCUCACCUUUGCCUCUGCCGCAGCGUCUUCAACGUGCUCCCUUGCCAGCCGAAGAACAAGCGAGCACCGUGUUUCCAGCAUUGGUCACGGCUCGUGUGUGUGGUUUCCGUGUUGUGCUUCUCUCCUCCCGUCCUUUCCCUUCCCAGACUUUCCGUCUUGACGCCCUCAAGACACCGUUUGUGCGACUCCAGGCCCGUGUUUUCUUCUGGGGUGACCCCUGCUUGAAUUCUCCCGUCUGUCUUUUGAGUCCCUCCCACCUGCCUUUUCUUCCCUCUGCUUUUGUAGAUUACGGAGCGACGUACAAUGUGCUUGCCUUUCUCUUCAUAGAUUUGUGUACUAUUUAUUUGCUCUGUUGGAACGAAAGAUUUAGGAGGUUACCAUGCUGACUGGACGUUCUCGGAUCGAAAACGAAACGGGUGUGCACUUGAGGGUUGCCCGUGGGGCCGAGCUUUCGUCUGCGCUGCCAAAGGACGUUCAAAACCUCCUUCCAGCUUGCAGGCUGUGCGCGCGUCGGCUGGGCAUGCCUUGCACCUCAUGCCCGUGUUACUCGACUCUUUCUCACUUUGUCUUUGGAGUGCCGCUAAUCUUGUUUGUUUGCCGUCGCAUCUUGCUCUAGGUGAAGCAGGGACUUUUUUUUUUUCUUCCACCUGACUGCUACGUGGUUUGUGCAGCUUGAACCUACUUCUGUGUCUUACCGCUUUUUCUUGCCGCCAUAUAUAUAUACACACAUAUAUAUAUAUAUAUAUAAUUAUACAUAUUUAUGUACAUAUGCAUGUGUUUGUGUACAUAGUCACAUAACUCUCUAUCUCUACGGUUGUUGAAGAAAGAGGGAAAGGAGUGUGCUGUUUGUAUUUUUGCAAUUGUGCGUAGUACCUGCAGAGUGAUGUCGUAAGCGCGUCGGUUUUCUUUGGUUAGAACCGUUAGGUUUAUACUUUAGCGAUUGACAGGAACUACUUAAUUUAGGGAAGCAACUAGCCUACAAAUUCUGACUGGGAACUUUUUUUUUCUCGUUCUGAUUUAUGGUGUAGGAUUAAAAUGAAAAAAAGUAUCAAGUGGGUCACUUGAAAGUGCUUUCACAUGCAUAGACUGUGCGAGAUAGGUUGGCCGUGGAACUCUAUUGUCGAACUUGUCCCAGGAUACAAAGUAAGCCAGUUGGUUUGCAUUUCGGAGUAACAUAUGACGUCCAGAUUGUCUCAGCCUGUUUCGUUGAAGGAAGCUGGUCUAGGUAGAAGGAAAUCAAGUGGAGGGGAAGGGCAACAACGCAUACAACCUCCAGAGAAGUAGAAGGGCUUUGAGAAACGGCUGUUUUUACUGCUAGACAAUUCUCGCUUCGUGUACAGCAUGCAGAUCAAACGGCGAUUCUGUGAGAAGAGAGUCUCCUGUUGUUACAAACUUUGUGCAUGUUCCGUCUUUGUAUAAAGGCCGUUUUUCUGCUCAG